UGCUCAAUCUUAUUGCAACUUGUAUCAGUGCCACAACAUCGUCGUACAAUAUAUUUCAGAGUGCAACAAGAUUGAAGUAAUCACGUAUUUUUCGGAAUCUGUUACUUGAAUAACAGUUCUAACGGCGAUUUUGUAGCAGCGUAAUGAUACAAGUAUUCUAAACUCUGAACCUGAGAAUGAGAGUAGUACGGUUGUUAUGAAAACGGGAAAGUGGGGGAUGUCGUAUAUAAUAACAUACGAUCGGAUAUAUCGAGUUAUUUCUUAUUUUGUGAGAUUACAGUUCGACGGAUUCAGAAAUUGUGAGAGAAGAAACCAAGAGAGAAGUCUUAAAGUUAGGUUACGAGGAACUGGAAUUGAUUGAAAAAUGUUGAACGUGCGCACUCUCCCGGAUACAACGGGAAACAGAGGAGCGGAUCUUCUGAGAGUCUCCUUGAAGGUUCAGUCGUUGAGUUUGGAUGAAUCCGAAAAAUUCGUCGAGAAACGGAAAUCAGAAUCCUCCGAUGUCCAAGACAACUGUAAAUCAUCCAUUUUAAAGAUUAUAUCCCUUGACGAAAUCGCUUGGCACGAUACACUCGAUGACUGCUGGUUCGCCAUUUACGAUUACGUUUACGACUGUACAGGAUUUGUCAAGGAUCAUCCUGGAGGUCUUGACGUUAUCCUCGAAUACGCUGGUAGGGAUGCCACUCUGUCCUUUAUCGGAACGGGACACUCAAAAUUCGCAAAGCAGACCUUAGAGAAAUAUCUUAUUGGCGAAUUGCCAUUGAACGAGAGAAUUUAUCGUAUUCCUGGAGGUGUCAAGAUAACAGGAUUUUGAAGAUUACAAGGGAAUUCAUUGUCAAGAGGCUGCUUUCAACAGCGUGAACAAUUUGACCUGGCGGUAUAUAUGUUAUAAACUUGAUCAGUGAAUUUAUGCGUGAUAGAUAUUGAACGUUUUCUAUAAUAUUUAUACAUUUCGUAUUUGUUAUGAGACAUACAAUUUUUAUUCGUUCUGGUAUCAGUUUUGCUCGCAUGAUAAUGCGACUUUUUAUCCCUCUUUUAGAAGUAUUUAACCUCUACUGGGUUACAUCAUGCGAAUAUGGGUGAUGACUAUGCAAAUUAGCUUAGACAAGGCGGGACUCUUGGGAUGGAGCGUAGGAUAAGUAUAAUUUUAAUAUAAUAUAAUACGUGCUGCUCGAGACAAUAGCCUGGGUUAUGUUAAUUUUAAUUUUGUAAUAAUUCGAACCUUGUGUGUUACAUAACCGUCGUAGAUUAAAAUCAUCAGUAUAUUUAUCAUGUACUUAAUGCUCUUGACAUAAACAGUUAAUUUAUAAGAUAUUUCAUACAGCACGUAAUCUAUCUUACUUUUUUUCUACUGUGUGAUAUCUAAAAUGUGCAUUCGUAGAAUUUUAAUAUUGAAGUAUCAUUAGCGUCAUGGCAGUUAGUAAUAAAAGUAAAUGUGAUUGCAA